UACUUGACUGCAGUAGAAAAAUAAUGCGAUACCUUAAUUUUGGAAGUACUGUAAGGCUUUUCGAACAUAAGCGGUCCAGACUUCUUGCACUCGAAAAACGAACCUUAAAACGGGCAUUCAAAAAAAAAUUGAAUGCUUAAAAGGGGUAACCCUUUUCUUAAAAAAAGAAAAAGCACGUGAGACAAGCACACAAGAUAUCUUGUAUCUUCCUUUUUGAAUUGCAUGUCUGGUACAAAAAUAAGCGCUUUUGCUACUAUUUUUAAACUGUGUCAAUAAAGCUGUUUUAACUGACUAUGAAAAUUGAAAAACUCAUAUAAAUAUACAACGAUUUUUUUCUUCUGUGCUAUCAAAAUAGAAAUAGCUUCCUCUUUUUAUCAUUCUAUUUUAUGAAAUAUUUCUUCCUCAACAGUUAUCAUACCACCACUAUGACUCAAAAGGAUGAUACAGCCAAUGCUAUUCAAUCAUGCUUACUGCAACAAACAACCGUCUUACUUCGUAAAAGAAAGAGAACUGAGAAAACUGUCAGAUUCUUUAUCUCUCAACACCAACAACCAUAGAAAGAAAAAGCCCAAACUUACCGUGGAUACAAGUCUCUGCCCUGGCGGUCCUCUAUUUUUAACGAAAUUGUCAACAAACCAUUUCAAGCACAGAAUUGAUUUAUCCCAUAAUAGCGAUCACUAUUUAAUACUUCUUACAUACUUACCCUCCACUCGGCUAUUUAAAGCAUUGCAAGCUAUGUAUAUACACACUAUUUUAUUUUAUCAAUUACAAAAAGAACAUAAUUACAUCAUUAGCUUUAAUAUUUAUUUAAUUUCUUUAAUUACUAAAGUAGACAAAUACUUGGAUUCUUUAUUUUCAGUUUUUGCCACAUUAUUUAUAAACGUUAUGCUUCAACGUCUUCCUCAACAUAAUAUCAAUUGUUAUUUGUAUCAGAAACGCUUUUUUCAACAUAAUAUGUUCUUCCUAACGGUACGGUUAAAUAAUUCAUUUUAUUGGAUAAAAUAUUUAAUGACCUGUGAGCUCGUAAUGCCUUUAGCACAUUGGGUCUGCUCUGGCCAGUUCCAGUGGUUGUAUAGAACUAAAAACCCUUUUAAGAGACAAAAGGGUAAAAAGAAAAGGAAAAGGAAGAGGGAGAAGGUAACAGUCAAAUAAAUAACAGCUAUGAUAACAACCAGUCUAUAAAUUGUUGACCGGGGAAAUGAUCUAAAAGUAGUGGGGGGUCAAGACGAUGUUGUAAGUGAUCUAAUUCAAUAAGAAUCGAGCACCUUACAGGCCAUCAUCUACUCCAAGUAGCAAUUAUGUGGGUACGACGGGCUUACUUGUAGUGGGCAUAUUUAGUAAGAAUGACAUACGAUCAGGGAUGGUGGUAGGGACGAACAGACGGUCGUG